AUGCUAACCGGGCUACCAGAGCUCCUACGUAACGACGCUCUAUUGUGGUACCGAAACCACCGCGCCAGCUGGACCCACUGGGAUGACUUUAUCCGCGCGUUUCGGGAACAAUACCUGCCACGGCGCUACCGAGCCCAAUUAGUACGGGAGCUACAGCAUCGGCGCCGGCUGGAAGGAGAGCCAUACGCCAAAUACGCCACAGCGGUGCUCACCCUCAUGCGGCGAGCCGGCCGCCUGGAGGUGGAUGAACAGGUAGAACAACUAUACGAGGGCCUCCUACCCGAGUACAAACUGCACGUACGACGGGAUGAUGUCAGGACCCUCGCCGAGCUAGGCUCCCGGACGGCGGAAUUUAAGGCAAUCACGGCCAGCGGUUCCACCCUCCGGCCCCCAGAACGACCGCGACAUCCCACCCUGGCCGCCGCCUAUAACCGCAGGGAGUGUUGCUGGAGGUGCAAGGAACGGGGACAUACACGAACGAACUGUAGACGGCCCGCACGAAAGUUCUGCUCAGAGUGUGGCAAGGAUGGAAUCCUGACCCGAGAGUGCCAUCCACGGCCGGGAAACGCCACCCGGGCCGGGGUAUACCAGGCCGAGCCCCGGUCCCUGACGGAGUCCGAAUAG